CUCUCUCCCCUCUCUAUGGUGCCCCCGUGCUCCGGCCCCGCCCCCUUCAGCCGCGCGCCCGUUUACGACAGCGCCCUCCUCUCUUUACGACAGCGGCGCUCGGCGGCCCCGCGGUUGCCGGGGGCGCUUUACGGCCCGGCGAUGGCGGAGGGCGAGCGGGCGGAGAGCGGCGACGGCUCCGGGCGGCCCCCGAGCCCCGGCGGACAGCAGCGGGCCGAGGCCGAGGCGGAGGCGGAGGCCCUGAAGACGCGGGCGAACGAGUUUUUCAAAGGGAAGGACUAUGAGAACGCGGUGAAGUUCUACAGCCGAGCCAUCGAGCUGAACCCCGGCAACGCCAUCUACUAUGGCAACCGCAGCCUGGCCUACCUGCGCACCGAGUGCUACGGCUACGCGCUGGCCGACGCCACGCGGGCCAUCGAGCUGGACAAGAAGUACGUCAAGGGCUACUACAGGAGGGCCGCCAGCAACAUGGCCCUGGGCAAGUUCAAGGCCGCCCUGCGCGACUACGAGACGGUGAGGAGGGGGGAAGCGGGACCCGAAAAGGGUUGGGGGCAUCGACGUCACCUUGGAGUGUUGGGGCGUCGCUGAGAGAUGACAGUGUGUUGUGUUGUGUUGUGUUGGCCGAAAUGUUGGAGUUUGGGGGCUGGUGUGAGCCACAGAUGUGUGGGGAGGGAUGUGGGGUUGUCCCUGGGAAGAAGUGGGGGGAAACAUGACCCUAAAGGGGUUGGGGGCAUCGCUGUCACAUCCCAGCGUUGAGACGUCACUGAGAGGUGGUGGCAGUGUGUUGUGUUGUGUUGUGUUGUGUUGUGUUGUGUUGGCCCAAAUGUUGGAGUGUGGGGGCAGCGCUGUGGGGCUGGUGUGACCCACAGAUGUGUGGGGAGGGGUGUGGGGUUGUCCCUGGGAAGAAGGGGGGGGAAAUGUGACCCUCAAAGGGUUGGGGGCAUCGCUGUCACCGUGUAGUGUUGGGGCGUCACUGAGAGGUGGUGGUGUGCUGUGGUGUGUUGUGUUGUUUUGGUCCAAAUGUUGGAGUUUGGGGGCAGCGCUGUGGGGCUGGUGUGACCCCCAGAUAUGUGGGGAGGGAUGUGGGCUUGUCCCCAGGGGGAGGCUGGGGGGAAAUGUAACCCUCAAAGGGUUGGGGGCAUCUCUGUCACCUUGGAGUGUUGGGGCGUCGCUGAGAGAUGACAGUGUGUUGUGUUGUGUUGUGUUGGCCGAAAUGUUGGAGUUUGGGGGCUGGUGUGACCCACAGAUGUGUGGGGAGGGAUGUGGGGUUGUCCCUGGGUAGAAGUGGGGGGAAACAUGACCCUAAAGGGGUUGGGGGCAUCGCUGUCACCGUGUAGUGUUGGGGCGUCACUGAGAGGUGGUGGUGUGGUGUGUUGUGUUGUGUUGGCCGAAAUAUUGGAGUUUGGGGGCUGGUGUGACCCCCAGAUGUGUGGGGAGGGAUGUGGGGUUGUCCCUGGGAAGAAGGGGGGGGAAAUGUGACCCUAAAGGGGUAGGGGGCAUCGACAUCACCUUGGAGUGUUGGGGCAUCGCUGAGAGAUGACGGUGUGUUGUGUUGUGUUGUGUUGGCCGAAAUGUUGGAGUUUGGGGGCUGGUGUGACCCACAGAUGUGUGGGGAGGGAUGUGGGGUUGUCCCUGGGGAGAAGUGGGUGGAAAUGAGACCCUCAAAGGGUUGGGGGCAUCGCUGUCACCUCCUGGUGUUGGGAUGUCACCAAGAGGUGGUGGUGUGCUGUGUUGUGUUGGUCCAAAUGUUGGAGUCUGAGGGCAGCGCUGUGGGGCUGGUGUGACCCACAGAUGUGUGGGGAGGGAGCUGGGAUUGUCCUCAGGGCAGAACUGGGGGGGAAGCAUCGCUGUCACCUUGUAGUGUUGGAGCGUCACUGAGAGGUGGUGUUGUGGUGUGUUGUGUUGUGUUGUGUUGGCCUAAAUGUUGGAGUGUGGGGGCAGCGCUGUGGGGCUGGUGUGACCCACAGAUGUGUGGGGAGGGAUGUGGGCUUGUCCCCAGGGGGAGGCUGGGGGGAAAUGUGACCCUCAAAGGGUUGGGGACAUCGCUGUCACCUUGGAGUGUUGGGGCGUCGCUGAGAAGUGGCGGUGUGUUGUGUUGUGUUGUGUUGUGCCAAAUGUUGGAGUGUGGGGGCAGCGCUGUUAGGCUGGUGUGACCCACAGAUGUGUGGGGAGGGAUGUGGGGUUGUCCCUGGGGAGAAGUGGGGGGAAACAUGACCCUAAAAGUGUUGGGGGCAUCGCUGUCACCUCCUGGUGUUGGGACGUCACCGAGAGGUGGCGGUGUGUUGUGUUGUGUUGUGUUGUGUUGUGUUGUGUUGGCCUAAAUGUUGGAGUUUGCGGGCAGCGCUGUGGGGCUGAUGUGACCCACAGAUGUGUGGGGA